UGAAGGAAUUUUUUUAUUUUACUUCGACCCAGACCAACACGGCUACCUACCUGUAACCAGAACUAUGGAAGGCACCACAUUGAGCCGCAUGAAAUGGAAGUCCAUCAACCUCACCAAGGUAUCUGAAGAAGUGUGCAUGCACACGAAAGCUCAUACCAAAAUAAAAACUUAGUUGGUCUUUAAGGUGCUACUGAAGGAAUUUUUUUAUUUUACUUAGGCAAAGUUAGAUAGCUUGGGGCCAAAGUAGAUACCAUUCACACCAUUAACAACUGGUGUGAAUGGCUCUUCAACAGGAAAUAGUAGGUGUCAGAGAAGGACCAAACACACACACACACACACACACACACACACACACACACAGGAGGCAGCCUUAACCCUUUGUCCCCUAUUAUGGUAGUCCUGAUCCAGUUGCUUAUUGGCACUGGAAUAAAAGCUCUCAUGCACCCUAAUGGAUGGGUUCCCCCCCAUGCAACUCAAGUAGCGAGGGUGGCUCAGAGGUGCCACUGGGAGCUAUCUUCUGUAUCUCGCUGCCCAUACAAAAUCUGCUUGUGGCUGUUGAUUCAGGAUCCAUGGAUACUAAACCUGCAUGGGGAAUGGGCAGCAAGCUCCUUCCCCUCCGCCAGAGGCGAACUUUGGUAAUAUGGCACCCAGAGCACAUGCAACAUUUGGUGCACCCCCUAAAUAUUAUUACGGUAUUUUCACAAUAAUUCAUUUUGGUACAGCUGCUUUUUAUGGGUACAGUAUUCUUGGUAGGUACCGUACCCAUAUCAAUAUAGGUGUUGUUGUUGUUGUUGUUUCCCCCCCCCCAUUGGCUUGUUACCCUGUGGAAUCACCCACACCCCCUAAAAUCUGGUGCUGCCCCAGCCAUCUACACAAAUUCCUUGGGAAGUCUGUAACGGACCCCAAGUCCAUACAACUUUAUGUAUGGAAUGCUCAGUGCACAACAUGAGGAACCUUGCCUUCAUGUAUUGACAGCUGUGUGUGCAAAACCCCUGUUUGUUUGUUUGUUUGUUUGUUUGUUUGUUUGUAUGCUUGCAUGCUGCAGGGAGGAACCUUCCACAGAGAGUGGGUCAGAGAUGUAUCUAUGGAUACUGGAAGAACUGAUAGGGGCUAAUGUUAUUCUCCAGGAGGCUGGGCGGGGGAAACCUGCCAAGGCCUGCAUAUCAGUUUUGUUUCCUUGUUUUUAUUUUUCCAGACCAGCUGGCAGCCCCUAGGUAGGAGGCACAGUCCGUUCGACUCACUUUAGAACGAGCAGCGGCAGAAUCUCCGGGAACUUCGUGUUCUGCAUAGUUAUGCACACCCCUUUAAGCUUCGGCAUGGAACCUGUUAAGUCAAUGGAGUGUUUUAGAGCUCUGGGGGCAUUCACAGAGUCCUUUGCAUUGUGGUCAGCAUGCACAUGGAAACAGCAUGAGGGUGCGUGAUGGGGGAUGGGGUGGGAGCUUCCCACUGCAGGCUGUAGGUUGGAUGGUUGCUUAAUGAUGAUAAAUACUUGCAACCUGCUCUUCAGUCCCCAGGAAUUCCAGAGCAGCUUAUGGUUUUUAGAAAACAAAACAGCAGCAGAAGGUGAAGGGAAGAGAUGCAAAAAAGGACAGCGCCUUUAAUAACGGUAUAGAAGAGGGAAUUUUAGUGGGUGUGGCUUGCAAGCCAAGCCUGCUGAAAUUACCUCUUUUAAACAACGGCAGCCCAGGUGUGUUUUGCAUCUGAUCCCCCUUGUCCCACGUCAGCAUGUAUAGGCUAAAACUCCAGCAUCAAAAAUGUAACACGGCAGUCUGGAUAAAUAUAAAGGUUUUCACUUGACCCCAAAAGGACAUCAGAAUAGGGUACAGUCUCCUUGGGGGGGGGUAUUCCAAAAUUUGGGUGUCACGGCAAAGGGGGCUUUCCCCUGAUCACCGCAAAAGCUUAAUAAAUGUAUUCUUUUAAGUGGAAGGAUUUUGGGACAUGUUUUGCUUUUAAACAGGUUGCUGGUAGAUUUUCUUCCUGGGGUAGGGAAAAACUUACAGUUUAAGGAAAGGGUGAGGGGUUUUUGGAGGGGGAGGUUACUGUGCAAGGGGAUGGGACGCAACAGCAUACCCUCCAAAUGUCCUGAUUUUCCACGGACAUUCCCAGAAUUACGAAAGCCAUCCCAGCUUCUGAUUUGUUCCGGGAAUGUCCCGAUUUCCUUUGCCAGUGCUGCUGUUGCCAAGCUCCAAGAGCAGGAGGAGCCGGCACUUGUCCCAAGCAGUGUUGGCAAGGGAGCAUUCCGUUGCCUCUCCAUGGCCGCUGCUGUCGGCAGCUUGUAGCGGCUGCUGGCGAGUGGGCAAGGAGGAGGAGAGGCUGCCCAGUCUCAUGUCUCACCAGCUCUGAGGGGCAAGCCGAGGGCAGGGCCCCUCUGGGUGGGAAGAAAGGGAGAGCAGAGCAGCGCACAAGGAGUGUUGAUUUUUUUAAAUAAAAAGCAACAACUUUGUGCAUCUGCACCUAAUCUUGCCCCUUUCUAAAUUUUAUUUACUGGAGGAUCGAGGAGGGUCAGUUGUUGGCGAGGGAGAAAUAGGUCUGGCUGCUGUUAUGGUCCAAGAAAAGAGAGCAGUGCAACACAUUUUCUAGCUCCCAACAGCUAACUGCACUUGCCUCUCUUGCUGUGUCCUGGAAGUUGAGCUUUGCCAAGAUGCUAAUACAGGUAUAUGUGGAUUGCUAUUGAGUAUAAGAGGGAGUAAGGAAACCUGGCCCUGAUCUUCUAGUUUAACCUUUCUAUAAUAAUUCUUACAUACCCACCAACAUUUGCCCAAUAAAAAUAGCAACGUCCUAUUCCAUCAUCAUCAUUUUACUAUUUAUACCCUCCCAUUUCACUAGGUUGCCCCAGCCACUCUGGGCGGGUUCCAACAUACAGUAUAUAAAAACAUUAAAAAAUAUAAACAUUAAAAAACUUCCCUAUACAGGGCUGCCUUCAGAUGGCUUGGGGGUCAGAUAACUCCAUACCCACCAACAUUUCCCCGAUAAAAAUAGGGACAUCCUAAGGCAAAGCAGGACAUUCUGGGAUCAAAUCAGAAACCAAGACAGCUCCUGUAAAUCCAGGAAUGUCCCUGGAAAAUAGGGACACUUGGAGGGUCUGUUAUUAGCUGUCUAUUCUCAGUACAGUUGAGAUAUGUUUUGAAUGUAAUUUUUACUUUAUUAUGGGCUUCGUUAAGCCCCCAGCCACUAGUUUAGCUAAACACUGAAUGGAACAUGCUCAGUUUCUCAAAUGUUACAGACUGCAUCUCUUGCAUUUCAAUGCCUUUUAGCAUCACUGUUUACAUUUGAAUUUUUGAACAAUUAACAAAAAAAAUAAAAAAAUUAUAUUUAUAUAUUUAUAUGCAUGUAUAAUUCUGCCAACUAAGAACACACUUCAUGCAUCUGAUGGACCUCUAGUCUACAAAAGCUAAUAUAUUGCUGUAAGAAAUCUAUUAAGCUGCAGUCCUCCUAACCCUACUUACCUGUGAGUAAGCCCCACCUAAUUCAACGGGGCUUACUUUUCUAAGUAGAUAUGGUUAGGAUUGUGCCGUUAGUCUUUCAUGUGCCACAAGAGUCUUAUUUGUACUUUCUCAAGUGUUAAUUGAACCUAUUUAUUCAUAUUUUGUUUGCGGUGCAGAAACCAUUUUUAAAAAAUUGUUACAGAUAUUUUUGGUAGGUUUUGAAUGGGGUCAUGUACUUUGGGGAAGUGGAGAUGGGAUACUGACUGUGAAGAACAGGAAAGUGAAUAUAGCAUAUCAUUUUGUAGUACUGUAUUUAAAUAAUACGGCCUCAUAGUUUUUUGGGAUAGCAUCUAAUAGAAUUAGUUCUUCCUCUUAAGUGUUUUAAUGCAUGGUUGAACAGUACUAGGUUAUUUUACAGUGUUGGGAUAUACUAUAAUUAACAAGCUCAGUGUUUGUUUGGAGGGUUGUCAUAUCUGUGAUAUGCAAAAAAAAAUUGUAGUGACAUGUAAUGUUUAUAAUAUUUCUUAUGUUUCUACAUCUUUUCUUCGUCCUUGAUAAAGGUCGUAAGACCUAAAGUAAAGCAGGUAUUUUAUAUAAAAAAACAGAAAAGUCUAUUUUUAAGCUUGAAUGGAGACUGUAGUCUGACAAUAAAGACUUUAUAAUAUUGUUUUAGGCCACCAACUCAGCUGUUUUCUAUGGACAAAACAAAUCAUGCUUGGAGCCUAUGUGAACUUAGGGUUGUGCCAAGCAUUCACCACUUUUAAUUAUUAGGUCAAAAUAAAUUACUGUAGUUUUCCAUCUAUAAGAUGCCCCCAUGUAUAAGACGCCCCCUAUUUUUGGGGACUCGGUUUAAGAAAAUGGGGGGAGAUGGUCAAAAGUUGUUGAGAUUUUUUUGGAGGGGAUUGCCCACAAUUUUUGAGAUUUUUUUUGAGGGGGGGUUGUCAAAAAUCACUCACCUGCAGCCGUCAAUCAACCGCGGUAUUGCCACAGAGCCAGCCAAUCACAAACAGCCCUUCACACAGCCACCAAUCACCUGCCCUAUCGCCGCUGAAAAUCUCCAGCUCGCGGCUGCAACCAGUCGCCGAACCCCUCUGUGCAUACCCAUGUAUAAGAUGAGGGCAAAUUUUAAAGCUAAUUUUUAAAGAAAAAACCCUAGUCUUAUACACGGAAAAGUACAGUAUUUUCUACCCAAAUACACCAGCAGUACAAUCCUAUAUGUGUGUACUUUCUCCCAAGUAAGUAAAUAAAUAGGCAUUGUAGCCACAGUAACCUGAACGACAAAAAUGGGGGGGUUGAGAAGGGUCAGUUGCAGGGGAGUGAGAAAUGUCCCUAUUUUCACCUGAGGAUGUUGGAGGGUGUGCUGUCAAUUAAUGUGACCUGGUUGCUCUUUCACAGAUAUGAACGAGGGAAAGGGAAAGCAGCGUGUAGAACUCAGGCCUUGUUUGUUCGUUAUACACGGUGGAGCUGAGAAGAGCACCUGCUUCUCUUUAAGACCUAACCACUAAUAAACCUAAAAAUGACAGCGGCAAACUUUGCGCUUAUGCCAGAAUUAACAAAACUGCAUGUAUCCGGCACAAGGGUUGUACUUGCUGAUGGGUUGGGUUUACAACCUGGAUUCCUAUGCUGAUGUCCAUCCUAAGAUGUCCAUCCUGGCCUUGAUAGAUCAGAUUCAUGGAAUAAGCAGCAGGAGGGAGGAUCGAGCCACCCAUUUACUAUAAAUACGUCUUUCAGUUCUGUGCUCGGGAUUCCGCACUUUUUUUUUGGUACAACUUAAAGCAGCCUGGCACCACACCCUGCCCAAAAUGCAGUGAAAUCAAGCGGGGCAGAGGAGAAGUUUAACCUUUUUGCACCAGGCUGGUCUCCAGCUGAAAAUCACGCUAGCAAGUUAUUUGCUCUGAAAGAUGCUAAUAACAGCAAACAGCAGUGCGUGUGUGGGAGUAGCCAGGAUUUCUUUUUGGGGGGACAGAACCUCAGUUAGCUAUGCAUUUUUAUUGGUUUUUAUUUAUUGGGGCUGCCCCUCGCUGCCUCCCCACUUGGCUACGCCCAUGUGUGUGUGUUAAUUUUCAGCAGGUAAAGUUGUGUGUUUGGAUUAGGACCACUGUGACGGUUUUGGAAAAUGGGAUUUUAAAAUGCAUUUAAAGUAACAUGUAGUUUGAGUAUCUGGCUCAUACACACCCUCUACUGUCCUGAGUCCCCUUACUGCAUGUGGAACAUAAUAUUUGUACUGCUAAACUUGGCUGUGCAUUUAUUUACACACACACACACACACACACUCCUGUCAUGCAUGAUUCAUUCCCAGACUGAAAUGAAGAAGGAAGAUAGAUCUCAGGGUGUGGGAGAGGCUGGGUAUAAAUAAAUGCAAUUAGCCUUGUUCAAAUGUUAUGUUGGGUUAAAGCAUAUGAGUAAGGGAACUUUGAAGCUGAAGUUUCACUCUAGCUGCUAUUGUGUUGGCUGCUGUCCCUCUGGAAUGGGAAUGAGCUUUCAGUCCGGCUAAUUUGUUGGAAUAAAUGCAAGUUUCUUUAAAUACUUAAGGAAUAAACUCAUGAGACGCGAACCAGAUUGAAGUUUUUCAGAAGUGAUAUUUAAAACUAUGUUAUCAUCCAGCCUUGUAAAUGAACCCACAAAAACUACUACCCUGGGAGCGGCGGGAGCGGUUGGCAGAGAAGGGAUAGCGUAUUCUGUCCUCCUGCAGCAAACCACUGCAUUUCUAUAGCAGACACAAAGGAAGAAUUGAGCUCUGCCGCACCUUCACCAGUAGGGUUGGACAAACCUGCCAAAAAGUUCAAUUUUUCCCGACUGUAAGUUCAGUUUUCUACACCAGAUGGCAAUUUAUUUAUUUAUUUUGUUAAAGGCCAGUGGCAGUUGUGCUUACUAUGGAAGGCUGUGGCUUCUUGUGAGAAACAUGCUCCCCUCUGCCAUAGUUUGUCACUCCUACAAAUUGUACUGGCUGUUGGCUUCGCUUACCCAGUCCCUCAUUCUCUGUAUCUUGCCUUCUCUGUACCACAGGUUGUCAGAGUUUGAGCCAGUGGCCCCGUCAGAUCUCUUGACUGCUAAUGAACCCCAGCUGUGCCAUCUCUUACAUGUAGUGGCAAACCAUUCCUCAGCAGAGGAUGGUUCCUCCCUCAAUCGUAUUGUUCCCUCCCCUUGUAGUCCUUUGUAGAAUGGAAUGGUCAUUCUCUAGCCAAUCAGAAGGCAGCUCCCACCAUGUUUGUUAGGACUCGUCUCCAAGGAUGCCAAGCGACCUUCCUCAGGUGGUAUCUCUGACAGGUCCAGUGAGUCCAGCAAAACAUCUAUGUCUUGGCCAUCGUAGGAAAAAUAUAAAUGGCAGCUGAGAGGUCAUUAACAAGUUAUUAAUUACAUGAGCAGCUGUGUAAGUUACUAUCUUACAGUUGGAAAAGCUUGAAACAGACUAGUUCAUAGCUGCCAAGUUAUCCCUUUUUUUAAGGGAUUUUCCCUUAUGCUGAAUAGGCUUCCUCGCGAGAAAAGGGAAAACUUGGCAGCUAUGGACUAGUUGUACAGGCUUCCUAAGGCAAGGUAGCAUUAUGAGGCAGUUUUCUGCCAGCUGUAGGCUGAUGCACAAUAUAAACUUAGGACAAAUUAUCAUGAGUUGACUGACACAUUGAUUGACUACCAUGCACAAUUAAAAAAAUGAAAAUUUGUAACCAAAUUGAUUAUUCGGAAUAUCAGCCUGCCAAGUAGCCUUUACAGAGCCUGAAUGGUGAACUUAUGGCCUUUCAGAUGCCAUUGGACUACCUAAUCUCUGGCCACUGGUUAUGCUUGCUGAGGCUGCUGGGAGUUGAAGUCCAUUAGCAGCUGAAGAACCGCAGGUUAUAUAUCGCUGUUUUACAGAGACACACUAAACAUAAUGAACCUACUAGGCAUAUCCAAAUGUACAGAUGUACAGAAGUGUUUCUCAGCAGAACUGCCUCAAAACUUGAAUGGAUUUUAUUCGGAUGGGUAUGUGCUCUGAAAUAGGUGGAUAUAUAAAAGCUAACCUGCACUUAGCAUCUGUGAUGAGCUGCUAAUUUGAGCAAUAGGGAAUCUAGAGUCGUCUCCAAAAAUAUGCAAACAUUACAAUCUUCUCACUGCAAAACCUGCAUUGCAAACACAAGCCGCAGAAGGACCAGCUGUGACAAUCAGCCCAUUUCAUUUUCAAAUUACGUCCUUUGUUCCAUUAAUUCAUCCUGAACUCUGGGAGCUAAGGAUAUAUAAUGUGCAGUAUGGAGAGCCCCUACAUAUCAGUAGUUGUGGAAGGGGCUUCCAGAUGGGAUGGAGUAGUUUGCAGACAGAAAAGCUCCCGCCCUCUUCCCUCCCCUCUUUUUAUGAACAGAAAUUAAGCCGUGGCAAAAAGGGUACCUCUACUCUGGAAGAAUUUGACUGCCUCAUACUGACACUGCAGUAGUAGUAGUAUUAGGUUCCGGUUUCCGCCGGCAGGAAUGGCGGACCUGUUUUCCAUCCCUCUGACCUUCGUAAGGAAUUUGGCGGUUGCUAGGGGAGUAAAUGGCAACCCCCUACCCUCUCCGGGGGUUACGGAGAGGGGCCGCUGGCCCGCGAUGCCCCCAGACCCACUCCGACUGUUUAUGGAGUGGGGGGAGCUUGGGCUGAAAAGCACUUACGAGGGCCAGGACUCCUGGACGCUAAUCUGCAUGGCGGGUAUUUCCAUGGUUAAAGAAGAUAAUUAGGCUUAAAACUAUGGACAUACUUCAGAAGGAGGGGAAGAAGUGCUGUUUACUGCUGAGAAAUUUAUGCUGCUGAGGGAGAGGAGUCAAAGGCUGUAUAUCAUCUGGAAGAAGGAUUGAUGGGGACGGAGCGAUAAGGGAAUUGAGUUUUUUUUUAUUUUUCUUCAUAUGAGUUACUUCGUACCUUCCCAGACGCGAUGUCCUGGCUUGUUUGGAGUGAAAGAGAAGCAAAAGACUGUGUGAGUUGAACUUUAUAAACUGUUGUUACUGAGCAUAUUUUUUAAAGAUGUGGAGUUGCCGAUGAGAAAAGCCCCCCCCCCUAGUCGGACGGAAGGAGUCCUGGACGCGUUCGGAGGAUUUAUGAGCUGUGACGCACUUUGAAUUGGAGCAGCGACCUGAAGCUAAGUUCAGCUAUAGGGCAAGGAGAUCCAUUAAUUUACCAAGAGUUUAUGGUUUGAUGUUUGGGUCUUCUGCCUGGAAAAGUGUAAAUUUCAUAAAGAUUGUUAAUCUUCAUGGCUAUGAGAGAAAACGAAAGUGAUUUGAGUUUUUUAAGAUGGCGCUGCUUCGACGCAACAGGGAGCUCCAGACUAAGAAGAUUUAUGGGGAGGCUGGUCUGAUUAACCCACACAGGAGAAAGAACAUUUGUGAAACCUUGUUUGAUAUUUAUCUCAGCAGCUGGGAAACAAUCGGUUGAAAGUGGAAAACAUCUAUGUGACUGUAAGGGGAAGAUCUGGAUUAUUAUGAACUUGGAGGACGAUUUGAACUUUAGAAAAAAGACGGCAGUGGACGGUUGCGAGGAAUCCCCAAUUUCUUGAAGCAUGGGAACCCAAAUAAAAAAUUCUCUAGACGAUUUGGCAUAACAUUCGGUUUGAUUGAUAUAUAUAUGUGUAUAAUUUGAAAUAAUGAAUGUGAUAUAAUGUGAUAUAAUUGGUUUUAAUUGGAAAAUUAAUAAAAAUAUUUUUUUUUAAAAAAAACAGUAGUAGUAGUAUUAGUAGUAGUAGUAAUUUUUAUUUAUACCCAGCCGUCCCCGGCCAGGACCAGGCUCAGGGCAGCUAACAUAACAACACGCAAUACAUUAAAAACACAAAAUCAAACAAUGGAGUAAAAUACAGCUUAAAAUCAAAUUAAGAUCAGAAUAAAAUCAGAUGGCAACCCACGAAUUAUAACUAUAGGAGUUAGCAACAUUAAGUACUCACCAGGCCCCAACUCUUCCCAUUUAUGUAACUCACACGCCUACAAUGAGACGUGCAACUGCUCCAAGGAUUCUUUUUAAAAAAAGAAGUCAACAAGUUUGCAGCUGCAGUUCAAAGCAUUGAACAAUGUAUUUGUCAAUGUAACAUCCAUGCUGCAUGCACUGGGGUUACUUCCAAAGGAUAGACUGGUUGUUCACACUGGGAGAAUGAAAUUGGGGGACAUAUCCUGUCAGUUCAGGGUGGAGGAAUGAAAACACCAGUGGCACAUCUGGCUGUUAACCAGAAGUUCAAGUCCACUCAGGGGCGGCUGUGGGCCGGGUCCCUUCCAACUCUAAUGUUUGAUGAUUUUACAUUCUCUCACACAGAGAGAAGGGGGUGGGGGUGGAAAAUCAAUUAUUUUAAACCAAUCUAAAGUUUCACCCCAAAUUUUCUGUGUAAGCGCCGCAGGGAUGUGGAUGCAGCUGCGUCAAAGAGUGCAUAGCAGAUAGCUGAUGCUAAGUUUUUUUUUAAAAAAAAAUAAUUACUAUAAUUUGGUGCUAGGUUGAAAGUUGUGGACGUGUCCUAUAAGGAAGAAAAUUUGGAGCGGUACUGAGUCCUGAGUACAGAAUGUUUGAAGAAAACUAAGCUUCUGAGUCUCUGCGUUCUCAUUUUUAAGAACAAAGUACACUCAUGUUUCUCACGCAGUUUUACAACAGGAUUAUAAAUCCAGGUCCAUGUCUGGACCUAAGCUGCUUCGGAGACCUUUGUCCCCAAAGGGGAAGACUGAACGGACAGGACCAAGCAGAAAAGGCCAUAAAGGUAAUGUGGCACAAUGGGUAAUCUGGGAUUGGUCAUAUUUCAUUAUAGGUGCUUGUGAGGAAGAUACAAAAUUCAGAGGAAAACAUGGCACUGAUUAUGGCCAGCUUCAUUUACCUGAGAAGAGCCAAGCAAUUUCUUCGAGUUUUCCAGACUUUGGUUCUGAAAUCCAAGUUCCAGCUAAUAUUGAGAGAACCUUUGAUAUUCCUUCAUACCCUAGUGGUCCUCCUAGUUUCCCAUUGCAUAAACGCCGUGUACCUUUAAGGAUGCAAAUGCCAUUUCUAAGAGAUUACCGGCUGCUUUUACAAAGAGAUUUUGUACUGAAAGGUCCGGCUAUAGUCGCUACUAUUCAAGUAAAAUGCUUGGACAUUGAAACUACAAGGCCAAUUAUUUCUCGCCUUAACUAUGAAGUACUCACGAGUGAGCUGAUUGCUAGGGAAACGAGAGGCCCAAGUGAAGUCCAUACUAUACUGUUUUCAAAUGAAGAUCUGCCUCUUCCUGAACCACCAAGAAAAUCUGAGAGACAAAUGGAAUUAGGUACAGCAUUUUUUCUGUUUCAACUUCCAGACCUCUCACCUUUGGCCAGCUUUUUACUGUACCUUAACCUGUCAUUUAACUACCUGUACUUCUUUCCUACAGAGGUAUUUUAUCUUAAACACUUAGAAGUGCUAAAGCUCCGAAACAACCCCAUCAAAUUCAUCCCAGAAGAUAUCUGCCGAAUGAAGAAUCUUAAAUUACUGGUUAUGUCCUUCAAUUUGCUGACUACUCUUCCAGCUGGGUUAUUUUCAUUGCCCAAUCUGCAGGGCCUUGAUGUUUCCUACAAUGAACUUGAAUUCAUCCCUAAUGAAAUUGGAAAACUCAGAAACCUAACAUAUCUGAACGUAGAAGGGAAUCUACUGUACGUCUUGCCUUGCGGGUUGCUGAAGCUCAAGCUGAGCUGCCUUAAGGUGGAAAACAACUUCUUGCACGCCUACUUCUGGGACGAAAUCUGCCGCCUUGAGCCACAACGACUCACUGACAUGGCUGCCUUUUGUUUUGCCAAACACAACCUUUGGAAAGUGUAUCGGAAAAUCCCAAGGGACAUUCAUGAGAUCUUGCUCAACGUUAAAGUCUGCGAUUGCUGCACAGGACCCUUGUAUGGAAAAGGCCUUCAGUUCCCUCGCAUUUUUAGGAACGUCUAUGGGCUUAGCCUUCCUUAUCUUUUUAGUGCCUGCUCGCCAACCUGCUAUUCGAAUUACAUUGCUGAAGCUGCUGAAGCUGCUGCAGCUGCUGAAACUGCUGAAGCUGCUGCAACUGCUACAGAUGCUGCAGCUACAGAUGCUGCAGUCACAACGUGAUAGAUAUCAAUUUUUUAACUGACUGAAGCUGAACAGGCAGUUUGUCAAAUAAAGUGCCAAGCACUGCACUAUACACAGGUCCGUGUCCUGGCCAGAUGAUUCCUUUUUUUAUAUAAUUGUUUAUACAGUUUUCCAUUUCCAUUUACACCUUAUACUUCAUACAGUAUUUUUGUAUCACAUUUUCCCAUGUAAACUUCCCAACUUAUCCCUUACCAGCAUUCUAGGCUUUCAAGAUUUGGCUGCAACUCAUUUAGUUCCUCCCUACUAUACUCCUAUCCUUUUUUCUUCUUUUUCUCUUUUUAGUAAUUGUUGUUCAAAAAUUCAUCCCUAUUUGCAAAACAGUUUUAAUGUCACAUCUUUUUAAAUAUUCACUAAGAUAUUCCCACUCACCCUUUAUUUUCCUCUCAUCCAAAUUUCUUAUUUUAGCUGUCAUAGUCGCAAGCUCUGAAAAUUCUAUCAACUUGUACAGCCAUUGAUCUUUUGUUGGGAUGACCUCUUCUUUCCAUUUUUUUGCGUAAUCUAUUCCUGCAGUUGCUGUUGCAUAUAAAAACAGAUUAUGAGCUUCCUUUGGUAGCUCAUCACCUAUAAAAGCCAAUAAAAAUGCUUCAGGGGUUUUGGGAAAUUCAUAUAUCAUAUCCCAGUAAUUUUUUGCCCGUUUGUGAUGCCACCACAUGUGUAUUGACGAUCCUUCCAUUUCUGAACUUGCCUGAUGAUUCCAAUGUGGCUGCUUUGAAUGCAAAAAUUAGUUACAGGAUAGCCUGUACUAUAUAUUUCUGCACUAAUGUUUCCAGUAAAAACUGAGGGCUGUAGUAGUCAGGGUUUGUUAGUCACCAUAUUUUGCUUCAUAAUCCUGAUAAAUAUUUACACUGGAUACAGAGUGCUUUGCAGUUCCAUCAUUAAUGAAGGACACCAUAUCUACGUUUUUAACAUCCUGAUUCAGAGUACAAUGGGGUAGUGAAAAAAGGCUAAGAAGCUUACAUUAUGUGUCUAACAUAAGCUCAGUUUAGUGGAAGGACAGGUGUAAAUAAAAAUGAAUAAAGUUGAAUG